AUGGAUUGGCGACAUUUGGGAUUGGGAGAGGGGUGGACGGCGGGAUCAUCGUCGUCGUCUUCGUCAUCACCAUCAUCAGGUGCAGGUGCAGGUGCCGACUGGGGACCGGUGGCGGUGGCGGUGGCGAUGUUCAUCCUGCUGUCGCCGGGUUUGCUCUUCCAGAUACCUGCGAGGAGCAGGUUUAUUGAGUUUGGCAACCUCUGCACCAGCGCCAUCUCCAUCCUGGUGCAUGCGCUCCUCUACCUGGCUGUUUACACCAUCCUCGUUAUUGCCGUCGGGGUUCACAUCCACUUCCGUUAAUUAUCAUAUCAUAUAUCCAUUCCCAUGUAUAGAUUAUAGUUAUUCAUAUCCGUCCACCAGCAUAUACAUGCAUGUAGCAAUCAGAUACGCGCGCGACCUGUACAUCGGCUCUUAACUUGUACUCUAUAUUGGAGUAUAUAGUACUAGUACUGGUAUGGUCAUUAUAUAUGUA